UCUGGGGGUUAUGGUUUGUCAACUGAAAAGUGGCAAUACCUUUCUGCGAAGCACCUACCUUUAUUGGUCAGGGUUGAACAAUUGGUGUCAACAUGCUGAGCUUUUCGCCGGUCCCUAGGUGUAAGGGGAGGUUGCUGCCCUCAGGGCAACACACUGGAAUGUGGUUUACCAUUCUAUGAGGCCUUAGGGCUUACAACGGAUAACCAGCAUGGGCAGCCUUAGGGAGAGUGUAAGAUUCUCCCAAAACCACUUGCAGUGGGCGUGGAAACCCAACUGAGAUCUGUAUUCCCCCCUUCCUACCUGCUGAGAGAGAGCAGAAGGACGCCGACACGAAGCAUGACCAAUGGACCCUGUAGUAUAGCACAUACCCUUUUCUUCGCUUUGAAAAGAGCCAGCUGAAAAGCUGUUAUCUAAUCCCCUCUGCCAUAGCCAUGCCGAAAGCCAAACCUUCCAUCGUCACUGCCAAGCACGAGCCAACAGGCCUGCUUGAGCGUAUCACCAUCCACAACACGCACAAGUUCGAUGAUGAGCUUGCACUUCGCGUGCAUCUCUUCAAGAAGCAACAAUUGCUCAAUCAUAUCUCUGACCCUGCUCCCCCCCUCAUUGAUCGCAUUGAUAUGCAGGCGGGACCCUCCUAUGAAUAUGAACCACCCAAGCCGCUCCCCAACAUUCACUUCCAGCGCACGAAGAUUCUGUUGCGCACAUCCGAGUACAAUGAGAUGUUUGCUGCUACAGCUGACAGGCUGGAGCCGGUGUUUGCUCGGAUGGAAAAGGAAGAAGGAAACUUGGAGCCAAAAGUUGUGGCAAAGGUUAGGAGGAUGGGUGAUGGAUUCGACGAGUUGUAUCAUGGGCUGGAGAGGAAGGUGCGCCGGCUUACCAACAGGCACUGGAGAGUUCUCAAGCGCGACCUGAGAAGGAUCGGGCAUGUCUCCUUUGAAGACUUAAGCAGUCGCCUGCCGGAGAUUUGUAAUGAGUUGGCUAGCCUUAACAUCACCUUCAAGUACGAAGUGUAGAUAGUGGAAUAAAGAUUGGCAAUCUUU